AUGCGAUGUAUCUAUCUGCUUUGGUUCCAUCCCUUAGCGAAAUUUCCUGGCCCUAAGAUUGCUGCCGUAUCGAACGUGUGGUAUGGCCGCGCGUGGUUGUCUGGGAGAUACCCUUGGGCAAUGCAACAGGCUUUACAAGAAUAUGGAGACGUUGUUCGAAUCGCCCCUAAUGAACUAGUGUUCAUGACCCCGAAGGCGUACGCAGACAUAUACAAUAGCAACCUCAACGGUCGCCCGGCAUUUGUCAAGUCAGAUCUGUUGGAUACUGGUGACAAGUACGAAGGUUUGGCCUCUGAGCGUGAUGUUGAAAAGCAUCGGAAAGCUCGCAAGCAACUGGCACCUGCGUUUAGUCCUCGUGCGCUCAAGGAGUACGAACCUGUCAUUCAUCGUCACAUUGACGAGCUAAUCCACAAGCUGGAGGAGUCCCCCGCAACUCAAGAGGGUGUAGAGCUUACUCCAUGGUUUGAAAGAGCGACCACUGACCUUGGAGGGUCAGUUACUAUGAGCCACAAUUUUGGUAACAUAGAAACAGGCAAGAACCACCCGGUAUUACAGUCACUCUUGGUUCUAGGUCACUGGGCCACAUUUAGGACAGUGAUGCGCCGAUUUCCCUUAUUGUAUCCGCUUUGUUACCUCCUUCUCCCGCCCUCUGUCGCCCUUGGUUACGUCAGAGCCCACGACGCAAACAACACCAUCAUCCGAAAACGCGUGGAGAAUAGACAUGAACAAAAGCAGCUAGAUUACAUGUCUCAGUUUUUGAAGAACGAGCAAGAAAUCCCCCCUGACCCCUUCCUUGUCUCGCAGGCGGGGCAUCUAGUCCUGGACCACUUCGAGUCGUCGAGCGUGUUAUCUGCAGGCUUUUAUUUCCUCAUGACAAAUCCAGAGUCAAUGAAAAAGCUACAGAACGAGCUGAGAGAAACUUUUAAGUCCUAUGAUGAUAUCAACGAAGACGUUCUCAAAGACCUUCCGUGGCUGAACGCUACAAUUGAGGAAAUCAUUCGGAUCCACACCAAUGUGCCGUAUGGUUUACCUAGAGUUAGUCCAGGCUACACAAUUGACGGCCAUUACAUAGCAAAAGGGGUUGUAGUAUCGUCAUGCGCUUAUGCGACGACGCAUUCAGAGCGAUAUUUCAGCCAGCCUUAUGUGUUCAAGCCGGAAAGGUGGCUUCCGAAGACCCAUGUUGAAUAUGAUAACGCUUUUGACAAUGAUGAAAGAAGCGCCUUUCGACCUUUCAGUAUUGGCUCGCGCAGCUGCCUUGGCCAAGCCAUGGCCUAUGUUUUGCUUCGAGCAAUUUUUGCCAAGCUCUGCUGGAAGUUUGAUUGGGAUCUAGUCAACAAAGAGAGCGUGAAUUGGGACCGAGACCUGAGGCUUUACAUGGUAUGGCACAAGCCGCACUUGCACGUGCGCAUUAAGCCUUGGAGUAGGUGA